AUGGCUGCUCCAAAACCUGAGGAAAUCAGUCAUCCUCCUAUGGAUCAAUUGCAAGGCUUAGAGUACUGUAUUGAUUCAAAUCCCUCAUGGGCGGAAACGGUAGCAUUGGGUUUUCAACAUUACAUCUUGUCCUUGGGAACAGCAGUUAUGAUUCCAACGUUUCUUGUUCCUUUGAUGGGUGGAAGUGAUGGUGAUAAAGUUAGAGUAGUACAAACUCUACUUUUUGUUCAAGGAGUUAAUACGCUGCUGCAAACAUUAUUCGGGACAAGAUUACCUACUGUGAUUGGAGGAUCUUGGGCCUUUAUGGUGCCCAUAAUCUCCAUUAUUCAUGACCCUUCCUUGGUUGCAAUUUCUGAUCCUCAUUCUAGAUUUCUCAGUACCAUGCGAGCAAUUCAGGGUGCACUAAUUGUAGCCUCCAGUGUGCAGAUUAUUCUUGGUUAUAGCCAACUAUGGGCUAUUUGUUCCAGGUUUUUCAGUCCCCUCGGAAUGGUUCCGGUAAUAUCAUUGGUGGGCUUUGGUCUGUUUGAUAGAGGCUUCCCAGUGGUAGGAAGGUGUGUAGAGAUUGGCAUUCCCAUGUUCAUCUUAUUUGUUGCUUUCUCUCAGUAUUUAAAACAUUUCCAGACAAGACAACUGCCAGUUUUGGAGCGGUUUGCUCUUAUUAUAUCAGUUACAGUGAUCUGGGCAUAUGCACACCUUCUAACUGCAAGUGGCGCCUAUAAACAUCAUCAUGAGACAACUCAAAAAAAUUGCCGUACAGAUAAAGCAAACCUAAUCUCGACUGCCCCUUGGAUUAAAAUCCCAUAUCCACUUCAGUGGGGUGCACCUACAUUUGAUGCUGGACAUGCUUUUGGAAUGAUGGCUGCAGUAUUAGUUUCCUUGAUUGAGUCAACUGGAGCAUAUAAGGCAGCAUCUCGAUUAGCAAGUGCUACACCACCUCCUGCUCAUGUUCUUAGCCGGGGUAUUGGCUGGCAGGGAAUUGGAAUCUUGUUGGAUGGACUCUUUGGGACAGUCACCGGUUCUACAGUUUCCGUAGAGAAUGUCGGUCUUCUUGGAAGCACCCGCGUUGGUAGCCGUAGAGUCAUCCAAAUAUCUGCUGGUUUUAUGAUCUUUUUCUCAAUUCUGGGGAAAUUUGGAGCACUGUUUGCAUCAAUACCUUUCACAAUGUUCGCUGCCGUAUAUUGUGUUAUGUUUGGCCUUGUUGCUUCGGUCGGAUUGUCCUUCCUGCAAUUCACAAACAUGAAUUCAAUGAGAAGUCUCUUUAUCGUGGGCGUUUCCCUUUUCCUGGGUUUGUCUAUUCCUGAGUACUUCAGGGAAUACACCACAGCUGCUCUUCAUGGUCCUGCACACACAAAAGCUGGAUGGUUUAAUGAUUUCCUCAAUACCAUCUUCUUAUCCUCUCCGACUGUGGCCUUAAUUGUUGCGAUCUUCCUGGACAACACACUUGAUAUCAAAGACAGUGCCAGGGACAGGGGAAUGCCGUGGUGGGUAAAGUUCAGAACAUUCAAAGGAGACAGUAGGAAUGAAGAGUUUUACACCCUUCCUUUCAACCUCAAUCGUUUUUUCCCUCCAUCAUGA